UUGUUCCGGGAAACCACUGACACGGACAGGGGGAUGUACUUGAGCUGAGGCUGGAAAGUGCGUCAAAACAGCGCUGGGGAUUUUGUGAUACUUCAGCAUGAAAAUGAGACACAGCUGCUGAUAGACAGAUGGCUUUAUUCCUGGAGGGGACAGUAGCAAGCAGCGCCAUGGAAACGUCUAAUUUCGCCCAUGUCAUCUUCCAGAAUGUGGGGAAAAGUUACCUCCCUCACGGAGCGUUAGAGUGCCAUUACACCCUCACGCAGUUCAUUAAACCACAUCCCAAGGACUGGGUCGGCAUAUUCAAGGUUGGAUGGAGCACCGCUCGUGACUACUACACAUUCCUGUGGUCACCUCUUCCUGACAACUACACCGAGGGAACCGCAAUCAACAGAUCUGUGGUCUUCCAAGGUUAUUACGUCCCUAAUGAUGAUGGUGAGUUCUACCAGUUCUGCUAUGUGACACAUAAGGGAGAGAUCCGUGGGGCGAGCACUCCAUUCCAGUUCCGUGCUAACAGCCCCACAGAGGAGGAACUUCUGACAAUGGAGGAUGAAGGUGGAUCUGAUAUUCUGGUGGUCACCACCAAAGCAAGUUACCUGGAGCAAAAGAUGGAGCAAAUUCAACAGGAAAAGAAGGAGCUUUUGGAAAACCUGGACCUACUUCAGAAGGAGAGGGAUGAGCUGAUCGAUGAGAAGAACAGACUACAGAAAGAAUAUGAGCAGGAGCGAGAGAGCAGCACUCAGCUCAGAAAGGAUGUGCAGGAGUUACAGCUGUCUGCACAGAGCUUGCAGGAGGAGAGAGAGGAGGUGAAAAGGAGAAUGGAGGAGAGCACGGCUAGACUCUUACAGUUGGAGGAAGAUCUGAUUGGAGUCACACAGAAAGGCCUACAGAAGGAGACUGAACUAGACUGCCUGAAGGAUCGAGUGAAGAAGUUAAACCUGGAGAAAGAGGCUCUUGAGUGUCAACUGAAGAAUGAGAAAGAUGAGAAGGAGCUCUAUAAGAUUCACUUGAAGAACCGGGAGCUUGAGAACACUAAACUGAGUGCCGAGCUGCAGAUGCUGAAGUCUGUAGAUGUGAAUAAGGAGAACACCAUCGCUCAGCUGAAGGAUGAGCUCUCCAGGGUCAAAUCCUGCCUUACAGAGAAGGAAAAACAGCACCGACAGCUAUUGGCCAAUAGUUCACCCUCGGGGGAAAGCAAGGCUCUUAGGGAGCAGCUCAGGCAAAAAGAGGAGCAGUUGCAAGCAACCCAGCAGCAGGCUAACAUGCUAAAAGCGGAACUGCGUGACUCCUCCAACGCUCGUGACAGAAGCAUGGCAGAACUGUACCGUAUACGCGUAGAGGCUGAGACAUUGAAGAAGGGACAGGCGGAUGCCAGGGCUGAGUGCAGCCGUCUGGAACAGCAGUUGGAGGAGAUGAAAAGCUCAACCCAGCAGGAGGCGCAGUGUAAGGAGUCAGACGUAUUAGCCAUUGCUGAACUGCAGAGAGAAGUUGAAGAUUUAAGGCUCAGGCUGCAGAUGGCUGCUGAACACUAUAAAGACAAGUAUAAGGAAUGCCAGAAGCUCCAAAAACAAGUGGUCAAGUUCAGUGAACAGCAGGGAGUAAAGAGAAGUCCUGGAUCUGACGCAGCAGCGGGGCCUUUAUCUGCCAGUCCAGAGGCAUCUGCACCUGGAAGCCCAAGUACUUCAGAUGCAGUUCUAGAUGCCAUCAUUCAUGGCAGGCUGAAAUCAUCAAGCAAGGAGUUGGACAAAAAUGACAAAUAUAGAAAAUGCAAACAGAUGCUUAAUGAGGAACGAGAGCGUUGCAGCAUGAUAACUGAUGAGCUCACAAAGAUGGAGGUGAAGCUGAGGGAGCAGAUGAAAACCAAUGAGAGCCUGCGAAUGCAGCUGGCUGCUGAGGAGGAUCGCUAUAAGAGUCAGGUGGCAGAGAAGGGCCGUGAGCUGAAGGAGCUGAAGGACAGCCUUUUUGCGUUGACCAAAGAAAAAGAGAAACUGGAGGGGGAGUUGCAGAAGAGUGUCAACAGGGAAGAAGAACAGAAAGAUGGCAAUCUGGACGUUCAGUCAGUUUUCCUGCAGUACCCGAUGCCAUACGCUCAAGACGACCCAUCUCCUUUGCUGGUGCCCCAGCGUCCCACUGAUCUGUUGUUCGGAAACCCUUACUCUUCUACUGACUCCAGGGAUGGAGCCGACGGAGAGUUCUCUGAUGACCAGAUGCCCCGAUUGCCCCCAGUUGGGCCUCCAUCCUGGGACAGCAAUGUGGUGUGCAUACAGCCUGCCCGUAACCUCAGUCGCCCUGAUGGACUGGAGGAACCAGAAGAGCCGCAGAGCACUCAAAACGAUGAUGAGCCUGCAGCCCCUGAACCUGCAGAAUUUCUCAAUGAUGGACAGAUGCCAUUCUGCUUCGAACCCACUGGUGAGCAGAAGCGUUGUCCCCUGUGUGAAGUGAUCUUUCCUCCUCACUAUGACCAGUCCAAGUUCGAGGAGCACGUGGAGAGCCAUUGGAAGAUCUGUCCCAUGUGCAGCGAACAGUUCCCUCUGGACUGCGACCAGCAGCUCUUCGAGAAGCACGUCCUCACCCACUUUGACAGUAAUGUCCUCAACUUCUAAGCCAGAAAACGAAAGUCCACUUCACACUCUUCUUAUUUGUGUUGCAGUUAACUGCAUGUUUAGCUUCGAGCGUUCAUCUAUAGACAACUGAUUCUUCAUUUAACAUGAUCAAGGUGAAGUUUGGAUACAGGUAAUCAACUCCAAAUGACAGAAUGAUGGAAACUGGGUGCGUUUUAAGGUCUUUAUUUAUGGUUCCUUUUAGUUGGGGGUUACUUCUGUCAAUAGGAGUGUACUGUUUAUUGUAGCUCACUUUAACGCCGCUUAUAUCAAAAUUAGCAAGGCAAGUGGUUACGAAUAAUUUACAAAUACAAAUAGUUUGUCAUAUAUAAGUUGAAGUCAGGUUUGGCCUACUAUACUGUGUGCAGGCAGAGAACAGCGGUUUCUGUCAGGGCAUGUAUGAGGGUUAUUCUAUAUUAUGAAAUUAUUUUAGAAUAAGCUUUUAAAGAUUAAUAAUCAAGUUUUUUUUGAGUUAGUGUAUUUUAUUCUUUCUCUAUUUAAAUCACUUAUUUUAAUUGGGUUGCAUGCUCACGUUUCCUGUGCACUGAAAUCAUAAACCUCUUGUUUUUGUUUGUUUUUUCGGUUGUUCCAUUACUUUAGUUAAAUACAUUUGAUCUCCUACUGUGUGAGUGUGUCUUAUAUACUUGAUCUAAACCAAUAAAGAUUUCACUGAAGCAAUA